AUGAAGCUGCUCGCAGUCCUCCUGCUGGCUGCCCUCCCCCUUUACUGCUCUGCAGGCUCUGGCUGCCAACUUCUCGAGGACGUUAUUUCAAAGGCCAUUGACCCUGGAGUAAACCUAGAAGAAUACAAGGCUGAGCUCCAGGAGUUUUUGCACAGUGAUGCCGACAGAAAGGCCGUGGAGCAAUUCAAACAAUGCUUCCUCAACCAGUCCGAUGAAACUCUGAGCAACGUUCAACUGAUGAUGGAAUCAAUCUAUGGCAGUAAAUACUGCAGAGCUUUCUAA